CCUCUCUCUCUAUCGGAAAAGCCCUAAAGCAAGCUUCUCUCCUUCGUCGUCAAUGGAAGCUUCUCUACCGGAAGAGGUGCUUCAGCCGCUUCUACAUGCUUCAGAUUUAUCAUACUCUCUAGAAGAUUGCUUGAAAUUUCUUCUAGAGUCUUCCAAGACCGAUUCAGGUCGUUCCGAUCUCGCUUCCAAGUCUAUACUUCCGUCGAUCCUCCGUCUUCUUCAGCUUCUUCCUUACCCAUCUUCCCGCCAUUAUCUGAAUCUCUCUCUGAAGGUCCUUCGAAACCUCUGCGCAGGUGAGGUUUCGAAUCAGAACUCUUUCGUCGAUCAUGACGGCUCUGCUAUCGUCUCCGACUUGCUUGAUUCCGCCAUUGCGGAUUUCGAGACAGUUAGGUUCGGAUUACAGGUUCUAGCGAACGUUGUAUUGUUCGGAGAGAAACGUCAGAGAGAUGUGUGGCUCCGAUUUUACCCGGAGAGGUUCUUAUCAAUCGCUAAGAUUAGGAAACGUGAAACAUUUGAUCCUCUGUGUAUGAUUUUGUAUACUUGCGUUGAUGGAAGCUCAGAGAUUGCUUCAGAGCUUUGUAGCUGUCAAGGGCUCACCAUCAUCGCUGAAACUCUACGGACUUCCUCUUCCGUUGGGUCUGUGGAGGAUUAUUGGCUCAAGUUACUGGUUUCGAGAAUCUGUGUUGAAGAUGGUUACUUCCUCAAGCUCUUCUCUAAAUUAUACGAAGAUGCUGAAAAUGAGAUAUUUUCAUCAGAGCAAGCCUUUCUUGUGAGGAUGGUGUCUGAUAUUGCUAAUGAGCGGAUAGGAAAAGUGUCAAUCCCCAAGGAUACAGCUUGUUCGAUUCUCGGAUUGUUUAGGCAAUCAGUUGAUGUUUUUGAUUUUGUUUCGGGUGAAAGAUCGGAGCUUCCAACGGGUUCAACUAUAGUAGAUGUGAUGGGCUACUCUCUGGUGAUAAUAAGGGAUGCUUGUGCUGGAGGACGUCUUGAAGAACUCAAGGAGGACAACAAGGAUUCAGGUGAUACUGUUGAAUUGCUCUUGUCCUCUGGACUAAUAGAACUUCUCCUUGAUCUGCUUAGUAAACUUGAUCCUCCAACAACAAUAAAGAAGGCUUUAAACCAGAGUCCUAGUUCUUCUUCUUCUUCAUUAAAGCCGUGUCCUUACAGAGGAUUCAGGAGAGAUAUUGUGUCGGUGAUUGGGAACUGCGCGUACAGAAGAAAAGAGGUACAAGAUGAGAUCAGGGAGAGAGAUGGGCUCUUUUUAAUGCUGCAGCAGUGUGUGACCGAUGAUGAGAACCCGUUCUUGAGAGAAUGGGGCUUGUGGUGUAUAAGAAAUUUACUGGAAGGGAACCCUGAAAACCAGGAAGUAGUGGCUGAGUUGGAGAUUAAAGGCUCUGUGGAUGUGCCUCAACUCCGUGAAAUUGGUCUCAGGGUUGAAAUUGAUCCUAAAACAGCCAGGCCAAAGCUUGUCAAUGACACCUGAAGCUUCAUUUGUCUCAGGGAAAAGAGGAGCUAUACAAUACACAACAAGAGGUCCUUCUUGAGGCGGUGAAGAUCAUAAAGAAGCACGGUGUGUCGCUAGGUACCACCUGGGACAAUUCUACAUUGUGAGUGAUCAUUUUGUAGAGACAAGGAAUACUGAUCCGGAAGCUAUCUAGCUAGAUGGAUCCAAAACUCUGUGUUUUUGGGAAAUUACAGAAAAUCGUGAUGACUUCUUAGGUUUCAAGAGAAAAAUGUUUCAUAUUGGCCUUGCUUUUAUUUGUUUCCUUCUUGGUAUUUAUAGGGUUCUAACAAUUCCUAUAUACAUGAAAUGAUCAAUUCAAUAUGUUAAGCAGAAAAUGGCUCUCGUUUGAUGUGGUUUGCAGUGCAUGAUCAAUUAGUUCAGCUCAACUUUUGUGAAGCCUUUCAUGUCUGUUGGUUUGUAUUUAAGUUCCUUGUUGUAAACCUUCUAAGCAGUUGUUGUGUUUCACUUUCUCUAUAAUAGAAAGGCAAGUUCUUCUCUAUAUUGUUCUGUUGACGAUCAAAC